AUGAGUGCACCCCAGGAAAAUCCUAAUGGAGGAGUCCAUUACUCACAAGAGGCCAUAGAACAGCACCUUCAACAAAAACAGCAGCGCGGCCGCUCCCUGUUCCCAUCCUCCAACCCUAACUCAAGACCCGGCUCCAGACCUUCUUCAAGACCCAACUCCAGACCGGGCUCCCGUGCUCCCUCACGCCCUGUCUCUUGGUUGGUGCAGACCAAUUCCGAAUACGCCAACAUGUUUGAGAACUAUGGCGGUCAGCACUCUAACCACCAUGGCCAUCCUGGCAUGUCCGAGAUGGAGGAGGGUCGUGUGGCCAAGACUGAGUCUACCCCUUCUUCCCGUCCCCAGAGCAUCAAGGCCGCCACCGGUCCUAACUCGUACAUUGCCCCUUCGAACGAGAAGAUGGCCAUCCCUGGCUCGACCCGCCCCAGUGCCCAGAAGAGUUACCCUGGUGAGGCUAUCUUGAUCAAGGAGGAUAUUAUGCCCGAUGGUUCCAGCGGUGCCUCCACUUCUUCAGAGGUGGAUGCUGCUGCUGCACCCCGCGGCACUGUGACCCCUCUCAAGGCUAGUUUCUUGCUUGGCAAGGCUUUUGUCGGUACCGGUGUCCUCUUCCUGCCCAAGGCCUUCAAGAACGGAGGUAUCCUGUUCUCGUGUCUGACAAUCGCCGUGGUCGCCACCAUCUGCUGUAUCGCCUUCCUGAUGCUCGUCAAGGUUCGUCUGGUCGUCCGUGAGUCCUUCCAGGACAUUGGUCUGAUCCUCUUUGGCAAAUGGGUCCGUAUUGCUGUCCUUGUCUCUGUCUUCCUCUCCCAGGUCGGAUUCUGCUGUGCCUACUUGAUCUUUGUUGCCGAAAACGUCGAUGCCAUUGUCCAAACGUUUACCAAAUGCACCUUCCACGGCAUCCAAGAGAAGGUCUAUAUUUUUAUCCCGCUGCUUAUCCUGAUUCCUUUGGUUCUGAUCCGCAAGAUGGAGAUCCUGUCGCUGCCCAGUAUGCUCGCCAACUUCUUUAUUAUCUUUGGUAUCGUCUACCUCUGGUACUACAGCAUCCACCACCUCGCUAUCGAGGGACCCGGCCCCAACAUCGAGCUCUUCAACAAGGAUGACUUUGCACUGCUCAUCGGUACCAUCGUCUUUUCCUUUGAGGGUAUUGGUCUUGUUGUCCCCAUUACUGAGUCGAUGGCCGAGCCUGAGAAGUUUCCCAAGGUGUUGGCGAUCACAAUCUCUAUUGUCGGCUUGAUUUUCGGCAGUGUCGGUGCUCUCUGCUACACCGCCUUUGGUGAAAACAUCCAGACCAUCGUCGUCCUCAACCUUCCUGUCACCUCGGGCUGGACCAUUACUGUCCAGAUCCUGUACUCUCUCGCCAUCAUCCUUUCCGUCCCUUUGAUGUUAUCCCCAGCGUCAAAAAUCCUCGAGAUGGGUAUUUUCCCUACGCGCUCCGGCAGCGUCGAGCGCACAGUCAAGUUGUCCAAGAACGCAAUCAGAAUCGCCUUGGUUUGCUGCUGCGCCGUCAUCAGCUACGUGGUCGGUGGUCCCAACCUGGACAAGUUCGUCUCGUUCGUCGGUAGUGUUGCCUGUAUGCCUUUGUGCUUCAUCUUCCCCGCCAUGUUCCAUUACAAAGCCUGCGCCAAAACCACCUGGGCCAAGGUGUUGGAUAUUAUCCUUGGAGUUGUCGGUGUUGCCGCAAUGGCGUUUACCUUGUAUAUUACGAUCCGCAGUUGGGUCGAGGUCUCAGCACCUGAUGCUGCCAUCGACCGCUGCGCUAGCUUCAACUAG